CCAGGCCGAGCCCGGCGCGCCGCAGCCAUGGCCAUCGCACACCUGGCCACCGAGUACGUGUUCUCGGACUACUUGCUGAAGGAGCCCUCGGAGCCCAAGUUCAAGGGGCUGCGACUGGAGCUGGCCUUAGACAAGAUGGUCACUUGCAUCGCCGUGGGGCUUCCCAUGCUGCUUAUCUCGCUGGCCUUCGCGCAGGAAAUCUCGAUCGGUACCCAAAUAAGCUGUUUCUCCCCAAGUUCUUUCUCCUGGCGUCAGGCUGCCUUCGUGGAUUCUUACUGUUGGGCUGCUGUUCAGCAGAGGGUUGCCUUGCAGGACGAUUCUGGAAUCCUUCCACUGUGGCUUCAUAAGUUUUUCCCCUACAUCCUGUUACUGUUUGCCAUCCUCCUGUAUCUGCCGUCCCUGUUCUGGCGUUUUGCAGCCGCUCCACAUCUUUGCUCAGAUUUGAAGUUCAUCAUGGAAGAACUUGACAAAGUUUACAACCGCGCAAUUAAAGCCGCAAGGAGCGUACAUGGCGUACGUGACGUUGACCUGAGAGAUGGUGCCUGCCCAGUUCCGGGUGCGAAUGAGAACAUAGGGCAAAGUUCAUGGGAGAUAUCUGAAAGCUACUUCAAGUACCCAAUUGUAGAGCAGUACUUGAAGACAAAGAAAAACUCUAAAAAUUUAAUUGUCAAAUACAUCAGCUGCCGGGUGCUAACACUCAGUAUUAUACUGUUAGCAUGCGUCUACCUGGGCUAUUACUUUAGCCUCUCCACCCUCUCGGAUGAGUUUGUCUGCAACAUCAAGACGGGGAUCCUGAGAAAUGACAGCACCGUCCCCGAUCGGAUUCAGUGCAAACUCAUCGCAGUCGGCGUCUUCCAGUUGCUUAGUUUGAUUAACUUCGUGGUUUAUGUCCUACUGAUUCCUGUGGUUGUCUACACACUGUUUAUUCCAUACCGACAGAAGACAGAUAUUCUCCAAGUGUAUGAAAUCCUGCCCACUUUUGACGUUCUGCAUUUCAAGUCUGAAGGGUCCAACGACUUGGGCCUCUACAAUCUUUUCUUGGAGGAGAAUAUAAGUGAACUCAAGUCAUACAGGUGUCUUAAGGUACUGGAAAAUAUUAAAAACAGUGGUCAGAGCACAGACCCAAUGACUCUCCUGACUAACCUCGGCAUGAUCAAGACAGAUGUUGUUGACGGCAGAAGUCUGAAGCAGUCUGAGAUGAAGCAAGAGGAGCAGGGGAACCAGAUGGCGGAGCUCAAAGAUUUGAAUGUACACAGUGAAGCUAAAGCAAAUAAUGGAGAGAAGAAUGCUCGACAGAGACUUCUAGAUUCUUCUUGCUGAUGAUUUUUUUCUUGAACAUCAGCUCCAUGACUUCUGUGACACGGGAUUCAUUUUGGCUUAAGUGCCUCUGUCAGAUUUCAGCUGGUUCACUGUAAAUGGUUCUUGGUAGAGAUACUAAGCACGUCUUAUUGAGUCCCUAAUGAAAAUGAUGGUCAACAAAAUGUUGUGGAAAAAUGGUUCAUGAACCUCCUGCGAGAAGCAAUGCAGAGAUAAGUAAAUCACAGCAAGUAUGUAUGUGUAAGUCUUUAUCAAAUGAAAAGUGGAAAGACUGAUCAAAGUAAGAGUAGUAGCCCUUUCAGCGCCUCAAAGAAACACCUUUCUGUACAGAUGGUGCAACGAGACUCAGAGCUACUGGAAAGCAAGGACUUCCUAUGAUUUUUAAAAUUUAUUUUAUGAAAUAAUAAUAAACAUGUCAGGGUACAGUUUAAUAUGAGUGACUGUGGGGACAGAGUCCCAGAGAAUAGUUCCAGGCUCUCGGCCUCACAUGGAAAGGUGCUGACUCGGUUAUUAGAUGGCCAUCAGCUGUGACUAGUUGGCCAUCACCUGUAACUGGUUAGCCAUUAGCCACUAAUAUAAUUACCGUGACUAGGCUGGCAAGGCGGUUGGCAGAGAAUCGGAUGGCAGAUUGCGGAUCGUGUGGCUCCUGCUUCCUGUGUCUCCAACCCAGCCGCCAGCAAGGAUAUAGUGGUAUGAACCCCCAUCCAUGGCGCUGUUGGUGUUCCUUUUCGGCCUCACCAUUUUCUGGGUCCACCCGCUGAGAGUGGGACCAGUGCAUUACUGUGACCUGUGUGCACUAAUGACUGUUGGACAAGAAAAGCAUUCACUGGCUGUGGCCCUGUAGGUGGACCUGCUCUUGCCAUUGUCCUAAAUUGGGAGUGAGGCUGGUCCUGGGUUCUUGCACACACUGGGUCUCUUCUUCACACUACCACUUGUCUACCUUGGCUACCUGAACUCCUGUUACCACUGUUUGUUGCACUCUGGUAGGAAGGGCGCAGGCCCAAGCAUGCUCUGACUGAAAACGUAUUGAAGAUAGAGUCUAAAGGAUAAUUCACUGUGACUUUAUAUAGGCAAGAAUGCUUCCAAAAGAGCCCCGUGGGGAACUCUGAACAUACAGAAUAGGUUCAUUCGGUCACUUUCUAAGGGGCUUUCUUCAGAGCAUUCCUCUGUUAUCAAAAGCAUUUGAAACACGAUGUACUUAAAUUAACUGAAUGCAGAAUGCUUAAAGUGAAGAAUAUUUUGCCUAUUUCGAUCAGAACAUAUAAAUGACAUCUGACAUAUGGUGCGCUUAGAGCCAGAACAACUUAGCAAUUUAUUUAUAUUUAAGCACAUCUUUUAAAAAUUCAUUUUAAUUUAGAUUCAUAUGUUAAAAUUGAGGCCAUUUGGGAGGAAUAUUCUAGCAUUGAUGGAGAAUUAUAGAAUAAGUGUUACAAAUGAGUAUAUAAUACAACACCUAAGCAUUAUUUCAUAAACAUUUAAGGCCGAUUCAGAAUAUAUAAAAACUUUUCCCAAUUCUGACCAUGUAAAUACAUCGUAACUAUGUUUACAUUUUAUACACAGUUCUUUAAAAUGACAUCUGUGGACCUCUCUGAUUUUAUUCUUAGAAAGGUAACACAUUGCUAAAGUGAGUGAUCCUCAGGAACCUCAGCGUUUACAUAUGGCUCUUGUGGACAGCGGUUGACCUGAUCUAAUGACUAUUUUGUGAAGAACGAAAGUUGUAUAAGCUGCUCUCUGCCUUUCAGAAUAUUCACAAAAGCAGAUUUUACUCGUGCUUCUGUGAUGGUGGUUUCUGAGAUGGAGAGCUAAUAAAUAUCAAGGAUGCAGAGCUUUAAAUUAUUACAUGAUAUUUAUUACUGGUAAAUUAUAGUGGCAAUGGUAAUAACCUAAAUAAUCGAUUUUGUUACUUAUUUAUAUCAAUGCAUCUGAGAUGUUCCAUCACAAUUCUCUCUACUCAUUACUUUUUAUAAUUUGAAAAGACUUUUGAAAUAUAUUUUUCUAUAAUAUCCCUUUUUUGUUUUUCAAAAAGCCUCAUCUUCUCUACAAACAGCCCCUAAUUUGUAUUUCUAAGUGGUAGAAGUAGAUAACAUUAUUUAGGAGCCAGGAACUCCCUAUAUCCUGUCACGGGUAAUCCUUUCCUCACAGUUAUAAUUGGAGUCUUGGCCUCUGUGCAUUUCUCCAUUUCCACUCUCUGAGCUCCGACAGGGUUGUGACGUCCCAGAUGUCACACUAGUCACUGCUUCACAGGUAUGAGUAAGGCAGGUCCCCAUCUUUGGAGGAGUUCAGAGACCAGUAAAAGGCAGCGAAGACAGGCAGAUACCAAAAAAAAGAGUAGCCACAAUAAAGGCCCUUCCAGAAAGCUCACAACAAAUUAUCUGUGUUCCUGGGAAACACCAUGUUGUUUUUCUCUUUCCCAUAGUUUCUAGUUACAGUUUUUCCCAGAGACUCUUUAGCCACAUGACCCCCAGGUGGAAGCUUGAGCAAAACCAUAAUGUAGAUUGUGAUUUUGAACAGUAAGAGCUCCAAUUGCCUUUUGUAUCUUACCCGGGAGGGAGUGAGGAGGAAAAGCCCAUGGGGCGCGUGGAGCUAGCUGCCCAUGAAUUGCUGUCAAGCCAGGAGGAGGCUGCUGUGGUGGUCUGGUCAUAUAUUUUGGCUUGGAAAAAAGUGUCAUUAGGAAAGUUAACUCUGUGAGUUGCUAACUUGGAGGACUGCUUCUGAGGAGCCAGACUCCCGAGGAUAAGAAGUCAUUUGUUGUUUUUUAGAAGAGCACAGACCUAAAUGAACCCCCUGGCCCUCCCCCUGCCCCACCCCCAUCCCUGACGCAGUACUGCUUAACUUUAUAUCUGGCCUGUGUCUUCCUUAAUAAACCACCACGAGCACUCUAAACCAGACUCACAGCACUAGGCUUGUGUCUGGGACUGGGACCCAUCUGAUUGCAGUGUCCCGCUGCAUAUAUAAUUUUACCAAGAGACAGGUAGAGGCCCUGCAAUGCAGAGGUCCAUAAACUUUUGGGAGGUUAUAAACUCCCUUGCAAAUAUUUUCUUAAAGCUAUGGACCUUCUCUUCAGAUGUAUACGCAACACUCAAUACACCGUCAGGGGUUGUCAUGGCCCACGCACUCAAGGUUAAGCUGGGCUCUCACGGCCGAAAGCCAAGCCGCACAGCAGAGAAUGGAGACUCCUGCUCCUUUUGUGAAAAGCUGCUGCUUCCAACAGUAAGCCUCUGUUUACUUUUGCGUGGAGUGUAAGUAACUUCUGAGUAACUGACUUCAUUUUCUAGAGUGGGACUGGAAACAUCAGUUAAGAAAGGGAGCGGACGGUGGUCGCCUGGAGUGACCAGGCAGUUGGUGUUGACCACUGUUCUUUCUCUGGCCACCAGGCAGGAUCUUAUUCCAGAUCCAAAUCAUUGUCCCUGUGUAGCCUCACUGGAAUGAGAGAAGGGUGGCGUAAUACUUGUAAAAUGCUUCGUCCUCCUUUGUAGUUGUACUGUGAGAAAGCUACAAACUUCCAGUUGUAUGGUGGGUCUUGUUGCACGUUCAUGUUUCCUUUGUAGAAACGAUUCAGAGUUUCGUCUCAUAUCUAAGAGUGAGCUGAGGUGGGGCAGGAGGGCACUGUGGGCCUUGUUCCUGGGACAAUUAGUUCAGCUCUUAAAGGCAGAUCGUUGCACACCUUUUUAAAUGGGUCCAUAUUUGGUUUAUUUCGCUGUCAGUCCAGGGUAAACAGAAGAUCCAUGUAGGUGGGAGUUUUUAUCUACUACUGUACCUCAAGUGCCUAAAACAAUGAUUGGCAUUUAGUAGGCAUUCUUAAAUAUUUGUUGAAUGCAUGAACACUCUGUUAUGAUAAAUCCUAGUUUCUUGGCAACCAUGAUUUGAUUUUAAAAAGCAGAUGAUUCUCCACAGGAGAGGGGAGGGGAGGUUCAUUUAGCUUCUUGGUAGAGAGAGGACUAUAUCUGCAGAUGAAUGGGUUUCCACAUAUAAAUACUGACAGUUCUGAGCUUUAUAUUGUGGAGUAAGUCAUGACCAGUUUCCAAGUUCAAUACAAGUUCGAUGUUUCCUCACAAUGAUUAGGGAAAUUGAUAUGUUCAAUGUUCUGGUCUCGGUACCUUCCCAGAAAACCUCUUGAAAAGGGAGGUUGACUGAAAGGUGCAAUUAACAGUAAUUGAGGCUUCUUCUGAGGGCACUGAGAUGAAACAGCUCCUCCUCAGCAUUCACUGGCAUGUUGGCCCUACUUUUCACAAGUAAAGUGAAACAUUUUUAAAAAGGUUGACAAAGAUGAUACCGUGUUAUUUAUGGAAUGUAAUAGAUGUUAACCUGUGAUUGGUUUGUCUUGCCUGCUUUAAAUGAAAUGUAUGGUGUUUGGGGUUCUCCUGUUAGCUGUAAAACUACUUUGUGACUUACAGAAUGUGGUUUGAGCAGUAAUUGUUAUUUAAGUUCCUGAAAGUUAUGAAAGCUUCUCAUGCCUUGAGUGCUUUCCCCUUGCCCACCAGAAGAGGAAAAUCCUUGCAGAAUUCUAGUGUUCCCUGCAAAAAGUGAAGCCAUCAGCUCCUCUGUAACAAGUUGGCUUUCUGAAAGCAACAUAAUUACAAUUUAAUGGUGUUCUGUAAAGUGGUGCAUCUAAGCAUGAUUUAAGUUCCUUUUAAUGACCAAAUUUCUUUAAAACUUUUAAAUAAAAAUAUGUAUGUUGUUUUUGCUGUGUCA